UUGAAGCAAUCCGGCUAGAGGCCAUAUUGGAAUCUAUGCAGUCGGCUUGCACUUUGUUGGGACUCGGUUUCUAUCGUUUUGGGACUCUCCUAGUCGCUUUCCCGACUUUAUGACCGUGUGAUUUUUCCAGACAUUCCGCUCGAGACGCUGCCAAGUCCGGACGGCAACUUGUCUUGCCUCUUCUGUUGAAGAAAAUGAGUCCAACCGAUGCUAAACGGGGGGCUAAACGCAGGAAGAACAAGCGGGGCGGUGGCAGUAGCUGCAGUGCUGUCUGCAACAGCAGCAGUGGCAAGGCCGGGGCUCCACCGGCCCUGGGCUGUGCGGGAACAGCAACACCUGCCUCAGUCGUCAGCUUCCUCACAUCUGGGAGUACAGGCAACGGGAAUAUUGGGUCCAGCGCGGGCAUAAACGGAGAGGUCAAAGUGAACAGCAGCGUUACUCCUCAGUUUGCAGAAGGACCGGUGAACGCAGAGUUCUCCGGAGUUCUUCAGACGCCGUUCACAUUCGGCCUUAACCAGCGGGCGCCAUAUACGGCUGGAGAUCGCUGCCUCCUGUGCCGAUGUGAGCGUAAAGACAGCGUUGUGCCUUCGGAGGCCGGCAUCUCUGGUCAGAACGGCACGGCGCAGCCAGCCAACCCCCCCAGUGCCCUCCAGCUCCCUCUGUGGGUCUGCUCCGACUGCAGACGCACGGUGGAGAAGGAAGACAGACGUACGACUCUGGAGCAGUCGUUAGGGAGUCAGGACUUUCUGCUGCACAUGCCUGUGAGUAAUGGAACCCUGGCGCAGACUGCAGCCACAGCAGACAGGCUCAGUACUGCUGCGCCUACACUACCCAUGCUUCCUGUGCCGGACCUCGCUGCUCCAAUGCCUCCUGACACUGUGUGUAGCUGUGAAACCUGCAACGAGAGGCGGGAGAUCUCUGCUGAGUCGGAGCGGGAGUCGCAGCAGCUGCAGAACCACUGGUCUGAGGUUCGCUACCUGGUGCGCUGCAUCUACCGGCAGACGGGAACCCCACUAGCAGACGACCAGGACCAGCCCCUGGAGAGGGAUAAGGAAGGCAUGAAGGAGCUGGUAGACAGGCUCUGUGUGAAAGAUCCAUAUCAGCUCUACCAACGGUUGGAGCAGCAGGCCCGAGAAUACGUCUUAGAAAUGAAGGUGCGUCUUCUGAAGCACCUCUCUGGAGGCUCCAAGCCUGCAGGGCCUCCAGGGGGCGCUGUGGCCGCAGCUCAGGGUCCUCCUCAGGCCCACCAGUUCGUCUCUCUGCUGCUGGAGGAGUACAACGCCCUGUGUCAGGCUGCACGCACCAUCAGCAGCUUCCUCCUCACUCUGGAGAAUGAGCACCUGCAGAAGUUUCAGGUGACGUGGGAGCUGCACAACAAGCACCUUUUUGAGAACCUGGUUUUCUCUGAACCGAUCCUGCAAAACAGUUUACCAGCACUUAUUGCACAGCUGAAACAUGGUACAGCCUCUCAUGACUCGUAUAAUGAAGACACGUAUCGGACGCUGCUGGAAAGAUACCAGGAGCUGCAGCAGGAGUUGGCUUCUGUGGCUGCUGAGUGGCAGGAGUGUGAGAAGAGGAUUGAUGAUUAUGUCGAUGAGCAGCUACUUUUUAAGGUGGAAGGCCAGAGUCUGACCAACCAAAAAACAGAGCCACACAAGUCCUUGAUUAGCAAAAAUACUUUAAAGACAAAGCAGCGAAUGCUAAAGGAGGACUGGGAGUUUUUCAAGCAGAGGAGGUUCAUUGAAGAAAAGCAACCCAACAGUAAAAAGCCCUCCACUGGAGAAAACAACUUCACAGACACUAUGAGGAUGCUCUCAUCUCGUCUUAGUAUUCCAGAUUGUCCAAACUGUAACUAUAGAAGACGGUGCACAUGUGAUGACUGCAGCCUCUCCCACAUCCUAACGUGUGGAAUCAUGGACUCAUCUAUCACCGAGGACCUCCACAUCAAGCUGCCCCUACAGGGGGAGACGCAUCGGGACUACCUGUCAGAGGUGCACCCCCCCAGCCUCUCCUCGGGCAGUUCAGCCUCUGGCUCAAACUCCAGCUCUCCCAUCACAGUUCAGCAGCAUCCGAGGCUCAUCUUACCUGAAGGAGAUGUCAGCACCUUUAUUAGUGAUGAUGAUGAAGUGCCUCCAGUGUCCAGUAAGUUCAGGAACAUCUACCCCAUGAACAGCUAUGAGGACAGCAGCAUGGUGUCGGCCGCUGUCAACGGACUUCACCGUAACAUCAACGGGGACGCCGUCAACGCAGCACUGAAGCCAGGGUCUCCUCAGAUUACCAGCAGCAGCAGCUCAUCAGAGGGCGAUGAGGAGGAAGCUAAUAUUGAGGCUGGUGGGGAGCCCCCGGGGAAGCAGGAAGUACUUUCCCUGGGAAAAACGGCCAGUCCUCCACCCUCUUACAGCCAUCAGCAGGUAGAACAGGUCCAACAUGCCUGCGAGUGCCACGUGUGCAACCAGGACCCAAACCCCUCGGCCCCGGGCCCCACCGCCUGCCUGCCCCCCAGCCGGAUCCACGCCGUGCCUCCUCCCACUGUCGGACACCAGUUCUUUCCAGACAGCAAGGCGCCCCCUGCUCACCCUGCCCUCCACUUGUACCCGCACAUCCACGGCCACCUGCCCCUGCAGAAUUUUUCCCGGCCCCUCCUCCACCCGACACUCUACCCACCCAGCCCACCUCUCACACACAACAAGCCUCUGACCCCAAACCCAACAUCCAACCAUUCAGCAGCCAAGCAGCCAGCAUUCAGCACAUCCUUACCGGACCAUGUAUACCAGAACUGCUUUGGUGGGACGGGCGGAGCGGGCGAUUGGAAUACCUCACUACAGUGCCUCUCUCUUAAGUUUGAAAAUCUGUGGGAUGCUGCUGUGAUGAAGAGCUGGAACCCAUCUGUGCUGCUGCCCGAAUGUCUGCCAGGUGAAAUGCUGGGACCUCCGCUCCCCGACGUGCCCCUCCCGCCAACAUCCAUUGGCCUCCCGGGGGAGCAUCCCCCACUGCCCACACCCCUGCCCACGUCUUCGUCGUCGUCGCUGUCCUCGUCGUUGUCAUCUUCGUCGUCGUCGUCGUGCUCCUCUUCAGAAGCCAAAGAGCCGAAGAAGACCGGCGCCAAGAAGAAGUGUCUCUACAACUUCCAGGAUGCCUUCAUGGAGACCAACCGGAUGGUGAUGGCCACGUCCGCCGCCACAUCCUCCGUGUCCUGCACUGCCACCACUGUCCAGUCAAGUAAUAACCCACCCAUCCAUCUAGCAUCUAAAAGACCCAACACUAUAGAUGAUGUAUUUCACAGUUUAGGUAAAGACGAUCACAGACAGCCCAUGUCAGCAGCUCCAAGGAACAACUCCAUGGGACUGAGUUCUCUCCCUUCACUCUCUGGCCCCACCCUGCCCCCAGCACCAGCCUCACACCUCCCUGCCAUGACCCCACAGUCCUUUCCAAAGAUGGCCGCUCCGGCUCCAGACUUUGUGGAUUCUCAUCAGGGCCUCUGCCUCCCGCCUGCUGAACCUCCAGCGCCCUCUAUGGAUGGUCCUAUCAGCGCCCCAACUAGUGUCUGCAGUGACCCUGACUGUGAAGGCCAUCGGUGUGAAGGCAGCGGAUCGUACGAACACCAGCCGUACGAUGGAGAGGAGAGUCCAGAUGAGGACAGCUGCUCCGAGCACAGCUCCUCCACCUCCACCUCCACCAACCAGAAGGAAGGGAAGUACUGUGACUGCUGCUACUGCGAGUUCUUUGGUCACGGCGGGCCUCCAGCUGCUCCAACCAGCCGAAAUUAUGCAGAGAUGAGAGAGAAGCUGCGCUUGCGUCUCACAAAGCGCAAGGAGGAACAGCCGAAGCGUGAGGAGCAGCAGCCAGUAAUAGAAAGAGACGGAGGGGUGGAGGACCACAGGCGGGUGGAGGACCUCCUCCAGUUUAUUAACAGUGCAGACAACAAACCCGCAUCUAGUACCAAGGCAGCCAAACGAGCCAGACAUAAACAAAAAAAGAUGGAGGAGAAAGCUCGUCUGGAGGCAGAAGUGCGCGAAAGGGAGGAGCAGCAGCUGCUGGAGGAGCAGCGGCGGCGUCAGGAAGAGGAAGAGGCGGCACUUCAAAAGGAACUGUUACGGCUGCAGGAACUGCAGCAGCAUCGUGCCGCCAAGAAGAAAAAGAAAGAGAAAGCAAAGGAGAACACUGCUCCCCCUCAAAAUAACCCACAGCCCCUCAAACAGACAGCUCAGAAUGUCCUAGAUAACCUUCAGAACGGAAACUCGCAGCUGCUUCAAAACCUUCUCCGCUUCCCAGAGCAAAAAGAAGCCAGAUUAGAACCCGUACCCCUGCCCAGCUCCAGGUGCCCCGUUGAGAAGACCCACACCCCCGACUCCACCGUUAGCCUCUUCAAUGGCACAUCUUCCACCGUUGGCUAUAAGAGUAGAGCCAAGCAGUCAGGGAAAGUGUUGCCAUGCGACUCGGUGUCAAUGAGAGUCCCAGAGUUGACCAAGAGCUCAGACAAGGUUGCAAAGACUAACGGCACCGCACCCCCCACCACAGCAGAUACCAAAGCGACGCGAGUCAGGCCCACUGAGACCACAGCUGCUACACCCACCACUGAACCACGCAGGGAGGAAAGGAGCAACAGCAGAUGUGUCAGUGGAAAAAGGCAGCAACCCGAACAACCUCUUACCCAAAUCAAGGACGCCAGGACGAGCCCCCUUAUGUCAAACCCCUCGCCAUCCCCCCCACCAGCCUCCCACUUUGAGCCCCAACAGAACGGCAAACCUCCCACUGCAGAGUCACCGCAGCCCAAAGGCAAGAGUAAGAAAAGCAAGAAGAAGAAGGGGGACAAGAUGAACACUUCAAUAGAUGAUGUAUUUUUGCCCAAAGACAUUGACCUUGAUAGCACAGAAAUGGAUGAGACAGAGAGGGAGGUGGAGUAUUUCAAAAGAUUUUGCUUGGACUCAGCCAGACAGACCCGUCAGCGGCUCUCCAUCAACUGGUCGAACUUUAGCUUGAAAAAAGCUACGUUUGCUGCACAUUAAGGGUGUUGUUAACAUGUCAGACUACGAACCAGAACUCUUAUUGCUAUAAGAAAACAUGCCCCAAAAGCCUCCAUCCCUGACCUGGUAGUUUCCCCUCCACCUCCAGAAUCUCUCUCCUGCUGUGCCCAAAUCACACCCACGCUGCCUUGCUUUGUUCUUGUUCCUAUGUGGUUCCAACACAAAUCCAUCUGGACUAAUUUCCUGCACAGAUUAAAUGGAAAUAACACAAAAAGAAUCAUGAAAUGCUACUUCACAUCUGAUUAAUCUUCCUUGCGUGCUUGUGUGCUUUUAGUCUGAGAUGAAGGUUUCUUUUGACUAAAAUAGCCAUUGGCAAACCUGUAGUCAAAAGAUGCUUACUAUUUCUGGAUGGUUUCCUUCUGAAAAAAGGAGACUAUGGAAACUACAAAAAAAGAGAAAUUACUGAAUUAAAGGUGUAUUUGACAUUUUGUGGCUUACUAUCCUAUCGUUCCACAGCGUCUGAUCCUCUCGAUUGACAAAUGACAAGGGAAUAGGCUUGGUUAGCUGGUUUCCACUUCCCUCUGCCUCCACCGCCUCCAUCUGAUUUCAUAGAAAGGAGGAAGCCGUAAUACUUGACAAUGUUCUUUUGGUUUUAAAUUCUGUUUAAAAAAAAAAGUCUAAUUAGUUUCUUUUUUUUCUUUUUUGACCUGUAGUCAGCUUGUGUCAAUACUUUCAGAAUGAAAUCAAAAAAGAACAAUACUCACUAUCAACAUGUUAUAGAGUGUAUAUUGUAUUAACACUGAAGCCAGUCUGGCUACUUUUUAACAUAUUGUUAAGUAAUAUUAAAUCUUGUCUUUCUUUUUGAAAGAUGGAAUACAGUAGUAUGGCAGGCUUA